AUUUUUUGUCUCACCAAUAGGAAUUGCAUAAAAAAAAACUAAAAUCAUUCCAAAAUCAAUAAAAAUAUUUUUUAAAAAUGCUUCCACUCGAGGAAUCCUGUAAUUCACUUGACAUUUCAAGAUGGCCACCUCAUCGUCGCACCUUAAUUGGUUGAUUGUCCGCAACAACAAUGCUUUUUUGUUGAAAAAGACCGACAUCAAAAAACCCUUCAGCACUGAACCAAACAAUCUGACAAACAUUAGUUCGUACAGAUACAGUGGUUUGGUACACAAGAAGACCCUUGGAGUUAUUCCAGCCAAAAAGGGCUUUACAGUAUGCAUGAAGAAAGGUAAAUACCAAAACCGCCCAUCAAAGAAUAGCGUUCGUGUGACCAUGAAGGCCGGACCUAGGCGCUCUUUGAAAAAGUUGAGGAAUUUGCUUACCGGCAACAAGUACCGUUCAGAUUUGAAGCAGGCUGCUUUACGCAAAGCUUCAGCUAUCUUGAGGUCACAAAAGCCAGCCCCAGUCAAGAAGACUAAGAAGGCCGAAUAAUUUCUAGAUACAGCAGUUGUUUUUACCAAUAAAAGAUAAAUACAUUUUAUAAAAAGA